CUUCGCUUUGCAUGGUGUGGGGCUUGAACCUGCGACCUAAGCCACAAAUCCUCCACCUUUUACUACUCUUUGUGCACAUUUUAGGAGGCUGCUUACAGGUUACUGCUCAAGUUUGUGACACUAAGACACUGCAAUAGAAAAACUAAAACUGGAACCUAAGCUAAACACUUCUAAUAACUGCUUUUUGACAUAAUUAAAUAUAGGAAGAAACAGGUACCAUGGAAUUAGUCAAGGUGCAUGCAAGCUUGUCCGGACACCAAUAUUAUUAAAGAAAUAGCAAUCGAUAAAAACAUCACCAGAAUGACCUGACAAAGUACGUAUCUUAAGAUUUUCGGAACUUCCACCAUCACAUAUGGAAAUGUCUCAGGCAUACGCCUGGUCUAAAAAUAAAAAAGAACCAUCCUGAAAGCGGAUAACAACAAAUCAUUCGCGAAUCAGAAAAAAAAUUCAAAGGAGACAUGAUGUGUCUUGGUAUUUCAUCAUUCCUUGCAACAUGUGUUUAAAUCAAUGAUGGAUUUAUUCUACUGUCCAAUCAUAUUAACCAAAAUAUCCAAGAAAAAUUUAGAAACUAUUGGAUCAACAAAGUUCAGAUAAUUUAUCUGAUCUUGGCCUAUUGACUCCUAUGAGAUAUGCAAAUAAAGCUGCUAAAACAUAAACUUCAAAAUGAGAAAUGGAAUAUCAUGUCUUUAUUCCAAAAACAAAAAACUUAAAUCACAUGGUACAAGAUUUGGAGAAGGUUAAUUUGGUGUGAGGACUAUAGAAUGUCACAUACUAGAAUUUCAUAAGUUCCAGUUUCCGGGGAACUUAGGAAAAAAUCUCAUGAUUGAUCUCAAGCAUACAUCAAUAAUUUAUAAGGGAACCAAAAAAUUACAAUCCCUCUGCCUCUGCGCAAUUGAAAAGGCUAGUCGCUUCAACUUGAUAACACUCAAAUGAGUAAAACUGAAAACAUUUAGUAUUAUUUUUACUCUGGACAUGCUAAUACUUUUACGUUUUCUUAAUUUUCUGUAGUCUACUUAAAAGUGCUUGCUUACACAGCAGAGUUCGACAGGACAUUAGACGGAAGCAAAUGCUAAUGGCUACGACCUUAAGAACUUCCAGCCACUCAAUUUGGAGAAUUUUGGAGUAUGCUUCCCAUAAAUAAUGAGGGCCCACAUGGGAAACUUGCAGACAUGAGUUCCACUAGAUGAUAAGAUAAAAUUAACAGGUUAACUCAAGUACCAAAAAGAAGGAACUAGAGAGUUGAAAACCCUCCUAAGACACAGCCAAGGACAACAAUCACGUGAAGUAGAAACCGACUGAUCUAUAUAGACAAGUGACUAUAAUGAACAACCUCAUUUUACAGAAGAGCAUCAAGACAAAGAUAGAGCAAUUUGUGAUAGAAGGAAGAAAUUUAACAGAAACAUAUGCAGAAAAAAAAUGUUGGCAGUAAAAGAACUAAAAUGAACCAAGCAACUAAAUUCAAUAUACAGUAAAUUAUUUCAUGUCAAUUAUGUAACGUAAACUACUCUGAAAAUAUUAAUGAACAAGCACUCGCCACUUUUGUUUUUUUUCUCCCCUCAUUCAACAUUAAUCGUCUCCUCCCUAACCUUUAACACACUACACCUCAUAGACCCUAUCCCCACAUUCCUACAUCCCACCCCCGCCAUCAGUUUUUGUCUAGAUUAUAUAAAAUGUUUUUGGCCAAUAUCUUUUGCUAACCAAAUACUAGAAGAUAAGUAAGAAACCCACUUAUUUUCUAAGAAAACAUUUUCCGUCCUACCAAACACACCCUUAAUGCAGGGUCACAAUCAGAGAUCCAGAUUUUUCCACACAAUUUGAACAUCCUCAUCCUUCCAGUAUUUAAAGGUGACACUGGUGUAGCUUCCUUGUUAGACUGGAAAUUUUUUAACUUGGGACUUCUAUAUCAAGAUUUCUGAAACUUUACAUAUAUACACACACACACAGAGAUGGUGCACAUUCCAGCUCUCAUUUCGUUUUUAAUUUUAUGUUCCAUCCAGAAAAUCUUUACUUAAUUUAUGUGCACUACACUGCAGGAUCAUGAGCAGGGUUUCACCAUGUGGGAAGGCUAUGUGGACUGGAGAAACAGGGCAGCCAUUAAAGGAUGUCAUGGUGGAGCUGUUGCUGCCUCCUUUGUAUUGGUGGUGGAGAUUUUGGAGAACUUAGCAUACCUGGCAAAUGCGAGCAAUCUAGUCCUUUAUCUAUCGAAGUUCAUGAAUUUUUCUCCAUCUGCUUCAGCCAACAUAGUUACAAACUUUAUGGGAACUUCUUUCUUCCUUGCUCUACUUGGCGGGUUCUCAUCUGAUUUCUUCUCCACCUAUUACAUCUAUAUCAUAAGUGCAACAAUUGAAUUUAUGGGACUAUUGAUGCUGACAUUGCAAGCUUGCAUACCUUCCCUGAGGCAGCCCAUCUGUGCAUCAGUAAACAGAAACGCCCCAUGCAAAGAAGUAGGUGGUGGCCACAUAGCAAUGUUAUUUUCUGGCCUCUACCUGGUGGCCUUGGGUGUUGGAGGGAUAAAAGGUUCACUUCCGUCACAUGGAGCGGAGCAAUUCGAUGAGAAUACGCCACAAGGAAGGAAGCACAGAUCUAGCUUUUUCAAUUAUUACAUCUUCUGUCUUGCUUGUGGAGCACUGAUUGCAGUGACAUUAGUAGUGUGGAUAGAAGAUAAUAAAGGCUGGCAGUGGGGCUUCGGUAUCUCAACCGUAGCAAUAUUGAGCUCAAUUGUCAUUUUCCUCCUCGGAUCUAGGACUUACAGGAUCAAAGUUCCCACAGGAAGCCCAAUGACAACCAUUUUUAAGGUUCUUGUGGCAGCAUUUUCCAACUCUCUCUUCCCUAAGAAUUCUAUUGGUAAUGUGUUAGACACGAGGGAAACCCCCCAAAACACAACUGAGAUUAGUGAGGAAGAAGGACAUGGAGAACAAAACACAGAAAUUCAAACUGAAAUGAAGGACCUCAAAUUCAUUGGUAAAGCAACAGUGGAGAACACUGCCUACCCAUCACUCCACUGCACAGUCAAACAAGUACAAGACGUGAAAAUAGUCGUCCAGGUCGUGCCAAUAUUUAUGUCAACCGUUAUGCUUAACUGUUGCCUUGCUCAGCUUUCCACAUUUUCUGUACAACAAGCAGCCACUAUGAACACAUAUAUUGGUGCUCUAAAAGUUCCACCAGCUUCUCUUCCAAUAUUUCCAGUCAUAUUCACCAUGAUACUGGCACCGGUAUAUAACCAUAUUAUAAUCCCCUUUGCCAGGGCAGUGACUAAGAGUGAAAUGGGCAUUACUCAUCUACAACGGAUCGGAAUGGGGCUAUUCCUAUCAGUUGUAGCCAUGGCUGUUGCAGCUCUGGUGGAGAUGAAGCGGAAGAGAGUUGCCGAACAAUCAGGAUUAAUGAAUUCAACUGAACCACUGCCUAUCACAUUUCUUUGGGUAGCAUUGCAAUAUCUGUUCCUGGGAUCAGCUGAUCUCUUCAGCUUAGCUGGCCUAAUGGAAUUCUUCUUCACAGAGGCCCCUUUAAGCAUGAGGUCAUUGACAACAGCACUCUCUUGGGCAUCACUAGCCAUGGGUUAUUACCUUAGCUCGGUGAUUGUAUCAAUAGUAAACCAUAUAACUGGCAGGUUUCAGCAAACACCAUGGCUCUACGGGAGUAAUUUAAAUCAUUAUCACCUUGAAAGGUUCUAUUGGCUAAUGUGCAUAUUAAGUGGAUUAAAUUUCUUCCAUUAUCUCCUAUGGGCCACUCGCUACAAAUACAGAUCAACAAAGCCUGAUGACAAGAGAGACCAACUUGAUAACAUACCAUCAGAAGCCUAAUUAUAGUUGCUCAUAUAUGUGAUGUUCAAAUGCUAAAAACAAAAAGAAGUAAGAGGCAGGGAUCUGAGUAGGUAGCAUACAUUGUUGGUCAUCUACCUAAAUUAUCAAUAUUUGAAGUUUCUAAAAUCUGGAGCACUCGUUAUCUUUAGGUGUUUUGGUAGCUUUAUAAAUACCAAUUAUGUACUUUGUAUUAUACUAAUAGAAAAUGCAGGCUAUUACACUAUAUUUUCUAUUUGCUCCAUGACAUCUAGCGCAUGUACUUUUCUUCAUACACAGUGUAAUUAUCAAUUUAUCAUAUAAUAACAUCUGAACUAGUAGUAAGCUACUGAUGUAAAGGUCAUUUGAUAGAGACUUGGCAAUGUAAAAGUAAAGGGAAGAUACGUUACCCCAAUGUCAUACAUUCAAGAUUAAGCUACUAAUGCUAAGAACAACAGUGAGAAGUACUUCAACAAAAUUGGCAGUCGAUCAGAGUAUUGAGAACUAGAACGAUAAGCUAUUUGCAUAUAACCUAACC